CCCAAAUCGGGAAAUAGAGAGGUAAACAAAGAGAGGCCCAAGGCUGGAUCCAAGGCAUCAACGCGGAAACCGAGCCGCUACCGCCUGCGGAACGGGCUGUCACUCAGCCCAACGACACACACGUUCGGGGCUCAUCCCCGCUAUGUCGCCGUGGCAUCCCCCACGGCCUCCCUCCCGGCGGAAGACACGCGCGCCUGGCGCACGUCCCCAGCUAGCCGCUGCCUCCAUCUUGUCCCGGGUCUCCUCCACGCCAGCGGCGCGCUGUUAUUUUUAACCUUCUAAACCUGGGGAGGGAAGGGAGAGGGGAGGGGCGCGGGUACGCCGGAAGGCAGCUGCAAGGGACAGAGGCUGGCAGGGGACGCGGGCGGCCGCCAAGGUCACCGAAGCCGGGACAAAGGACGCGUAGGGGACGGGGCCUACGAGAACAGGGCUAGGCGACUUCCGGCAGCGCGGGCCGUCCACCCCCGACUCCCGCCCUCUCCGAGGACAAAGCGGAGCGCGACGCGCGGCCCCGGCCCCGCCCUCGGCGCGCGCCCGGAUGCCCGGCACGGGAACGCGCACAACGGUAGGAAAUGGCGGUUAAGGCGGAGGAGGGGCUAGGGGAAGCGAACUUUCUCGGCGCUCCCUGGCUCGGGUCACCCCGCCGGCGAGACAGGAGCCGGUGGCGCUUCUCCAGGCUGCCUCCUCUCUCGUUCCAUUCUUGAUAACCGCUUUCGGGACUGGAAAAACUGUGUCGUGGGCCGUGGAACAAAGGAGGGGGCCACGGCAGGCGUGGGCGCAGCCACAGGAACGCUCCCUAAGAUGGCCGCCGCCGCCGCGCGGGAGGGUGGGCAGGGCCCUCAGCUUCCGUCGCGGGCCGGAAGUGACGACUGGCACCCAUGGCUGCCGCGCGAGAGCCCCAGGAGCCGGAGAGGAAGCCCUUUAAGCUCCUAGGAAUUUUAGAUGUUGAGAACAUUCCAUGUGCACGAGAAUCUAUUCUAUAUGGCUCACUAGGAUCAGUUGUGGCUGGACUUGGACAUUUCUUGGUGACCAGUAGGAUUAGGAGAUCUUGUGAUGUUGGAGUAGGAGGAUUUAUCCUGGUGACUUUAGGAUGCUGGUUGCAUUGUAGGUAUAAUUUUGCUAAGCAGAGAAUCCAGGAGAGAAUCGCCAGAGAAGGAAUUAAAAAUAAGAUUUUAUAUGAAAGCACCCACCUUGAUCCUGAAAGAAAACUCAAGAGCAGUAGCAACAGCUGAGCAACCAUGAGCAUAAAGAACCCAAAGUGAACUACUUACUCCUCUGGAACACCACAAAUGUAUAUACUGUGUACAAUAAAAAUGCUCAUUGU